AUGGGUUCCCUAUUACCCACGACGAUUCGCAUUGAUGCUUCGUUGUUGAACUGGCAUCAUCUGUCUUCAACAGCAAGCUUUUUGAUACUCUCAUCGCUGCUUUUGGGGAUACUGUCACAAGUCCUGAGCCGGAGACUGAAAGUACCUACGCCGCUUUCGGAAGAGGUGUCCGAUAUUCUCAACAGAAAGCGGUCAUACGGGGCAAACGCCAGAAAGCUACUCGACAAGUACUAUGAGCGGUUCAAAAGCAAGCCUUUUGGAAUCGACACCAUGGAUGGUGUCAAAGUCGUCUUGCCCCUUGCAAGUGUCGAUGAGCUGAAGAGUCACCCGGCAUUGAGCUUCAAAGCCUCGAUCGACAAUGAUGCCUUGGUCAACUACACAGGUAUUGGAGGUGUCGACGCUUGGGGGGUACAUCAGAUUCUAGCAAAGAUGAACCCCAGCUUGGGUGCUUACGUUCCUGUAUUCCAUGCAAUGAUCCAAGAACACCUUCCGAAAUUUCUUGGAUCUCCGACAGAUUGGACACCAGUAAAACCCUAUCAGCACUUCUUCGAGCUUGUGGCAAUCCUGUCUGCGAGAAUCAUGCAUAGCGAUGAAGCAGCCCGGAAUCCCGCGUGGACCAAUCUCUCAAUGUCAUUCGUACACACUGCGAUCGAAUACGGCUCGGCUCUCAAGCAGUGGCCUCCUUUCCUGCGUCCAUUCGUCGCCUACUUCCUCCCGGAACGCCUAGAGAAGGAGAAACAAUGGGCCAAAGGGCGUGAAAUUGUCGCAAAGUCCAUGGCCAGGAAAAGUGCCUUGGGUGGUGCGCCUCUGGAGAACCCUCCUACCAUGCUCGACCACCUGUCUAGCGGGGAACACGUGGAUAAGGCCGGUGACCUGGACCUACAACUCUUGCUGCAGAUGACUCUUGCCGUGGCGAGUAUCCACACAACCUCGUCUUCCAUGGUCCAAGUUUUGUACGACCUUGCCGCAUGCCCUGAGUACACCGAAGAGCUUCGUCAGGAGGUUGUGGAUGUUUUGGAGAGUUCUGGUGGCAUCUUUACCAAGCAGUCACUUGCUGAGAUGAAGAAACUUGACAGCUGGAUGAAGGAGAGUUUGAGAAUGAAUGCACCUGAUCUGACUACCUUCCAGCGCAUGGCCACGAAGCCUGUGACACUAAAAGACGGAACUUACAUCCCUGCCGGUACGAAGAUGGAACUACCAACCAGCGCUAUCAACUUUGACGCUUCCAUCUACCCCGAUCCGCACAAGUUCGAUGGCAUGCGGUCGUACCGUCAACGACAGGAAGACGGGAUGGCACACAAGCACUCAUUUGUCAGCGUCACCCGUACGGAGCUUGGUUGGGGUUUCGGCAGGCAUGCGUGCCCGGGCAGAUUCCUUUCCGAUGUCGAAAUUAAGCUCAUGUUUGCGGAGUUUCUCCUAAACUAUGAGAUCAAGAACUUGGAUGGACAGCCACGUUCCAAGAAUGUGGAGUUUGGAGUCAACGUGCUCCCAGAUCCGGAACAUCAGGUCUUGAUUCGGGCACGAAAGGUCUGA